CCCGGCGCGGGUUUCCCUGGGUUUCCCCUGGGCCCUCCCGCGCGCCGAGCUCCUGGCUCCCUUCUCCGUCGCGCUCUACGCGGUCAUUUUCGGGCGCGCGCCUCUCCUCGUGUGGGGCAGCCCGGGGCCCGGGAGGCUCCGAAUGCACGGCGAUUGGCUGACACGUGGCUGCGCGUGCGGCCUGAGAAACUGGGCAGCGCUCAGAAUCGGCUGCUGGGUUGGUGCCGGGCUCAUCUCAGCUAAUCCAAAAGUAAAUGAGGAACUUAGAGAAAGAUUGCCAACUCCAGAUCAACAUAUUUAGAGAAAAUUGGAAAAGGAGAAGCUUACUACAGCUUUAUUUGAGGACUUUCUAAAGAACCCAGGUUCUCACUGUGAGCUUCAAGUCUUGGAGCAAAAACCAGAAACAUUGCCAGAGUAAACAAGAACAGAAGUACAAAUGGAGGACUGGUCAAAAGGGCCUAAAUGUUAACGGUGGUGAUCACUGUUAUUCCAUCCAUCUGUGAAAGGUUGGGAUACAAUCCAGGUGGGACCAGCAGAGUUCUUUUCUUGGGAAGCUCCUGCAUCUGCUGUGAGUUUGGAGAAGAGACCAUAGUCACAGGUGAAAAGACAGUGAUUUACCCAGCAUUCAACAGAUUACACAACUUGACAUUAGAUACAGUCCAUGGUUAUCUUAAACAAGAGACUACAGAGAGAAAUAAAAGUAUAUAGCCAGAUGAGCAACCGACUAUGAAUUCUAAGGGAAGCAUGCAUCAGAAAUCCAAUGAAUUAGUUAAUGAAGCCACAUAUGAGAACACAGAAUUGCCAGGGCAGAGACCAAGGAGUUUUCCUUAUCCAGGUGAUAAGACAGCUUACUGCACUACUGAAAAAUCCAACUUUAUGGAACAUAGGAAUAAUGAUUUGCAUUGUGAAUGUAUGAUUCCUUCUCAAGUUACUUCAGAUUUAAAUAAAGAGAAGACAAUAGCAUUUCUUCUUAAAGAAUUGGACAUUCUCAGAAUAAGCAAUAAAAAGCUUCAAGAAAAACUGACUAAAGAAGAUAAAGAACAGAGAAAACUAAAGCUUAAGCUGGAACUCCAAGAGAAAGCAAUAGAAGCCCAAAUUGCUGAAAAGACAUCAGGUAUAGUACAAAGUGAACACACUUGUGUAACCAGCAACCAGAUCAAGAAACCAAAUAUCACCAAUAUCUCAGAAUCUUCUUCAUCUUCCCUUAUAGUACUACCUCCAAAAGCACUGGUUGAAGAAGUGUAUUUUGCACAGAGAGAACGUGAUGAAGCUAUUAUGUCUCGACUACGAUUAGCCAAUGAGGAGCAAGAUGAAGCAAUUGCACAACCCAAGAAUAUGGAAAUGUCUCUGAAAGUGCUAGAAAAUAUUAACCCUGAAGAAAAUGACAUGACAUUGCAGGAAUUACUGAACAGAAUAAACAAUGCAGACACCGGGAUAGCUAUUCAGAAGAAUGGAGCUGUAAUUGUGGAUAGAAUCUACCAGACCAAGGAAUAUAAAAAGAGAAUAACUGCAGAAGAAAUGAAUGCAGUGAUAGAGGAACGAGAUGCUGCUUUGUCACAGUGCAAACGGCUAGAGCAGGAGCUUCAUCAUCUGAAAGAGCAGAACCAGACUUCAGCAAACAACAUGAGACAUCUGACUGCUGAAAACAAUCAAGAACGUGCUCUGAAGGCAAAGUUGUUAGCUAUGCAACAAGCCAAAGAAAUUGCAGUUCAACAGUACAAAACACUGGAAGAAGAAAUCCAGACACUUCGAGUUUACUACAGUUUACACAAAUCUUUAUCCCAAGAAGAAAAUCUGAAGGAUCAGUUUAAUCAUACCCUUAGUACCUAUGAAGAAGCUUUAAAAAACAGAGAGAACAUCGUUUCCAUCACUCAACAACAGAAUGAGGAACUGGCUGCCCAACUGCAGCGAGCUCUGACAGACCGGGCAAACGUAGAACUGGAGCUUCAGGAAGCCAUGGAGGCCUCCCACGCAGCCAAUGAGAGAGUUCGAAAGUUGGAAAGGCUCGUGGAUGUCCUGAGGAAGAAGGUUGAAACAGGGACCAUGAGGACAGUGAUCUGACAGAAAAAAACGACAGUCUGGGGAAGCAAUCACAUCUGGUGACCAGGCUGCUUCAUUCAACACUGUGUAAACACUAAAGCCUUAACUUAGCAAACAGUUGUUAGAAGUAGGACACUCCAACCACAUUCCAAGCUGAGAUAAAAUCAAAUCACAAAUGUUUAACCACUUUGCUGCUGACUUGAGUUAUUUAUCCAAAUAUAUUAACUACAGGCUUUUACCAAUGAGUAGCAAUAAAGUUGCAGGUUAUUUUGUAACUAUUUUAUAUUUCACUGUAUUUAAUAUAAAUCCUUUUACUGAGAGACCGUUAUAGAAACAGUAAAGUUGGUCUGGAUCAUAUCUUCACAUAUGGCCCUUUGUGAAUCAAAAUGCAGCAAAGCAAAUAUUCUCUAAACCUUAAUCCUUCAUAUUAGUCAAAAUUUCAGAUACGUGCAUUUUUCAAUGCAGAGUUUAUUUCUUAACGGAUGAAAGAAGCUCAGACAUAAGCAUAUAUAGUCUUCACUCAUUGCAUGCAUGUAAUCUUUGUUAGUAUUAAAGGACAUUAAGUAUAGAUACCAAGAAUUAACUAUGUAAUUUGCUUUAAUAGGAGUUUGGUACUUUAAAGUUACAUUAAUCAAGGCAUGAUUUUUGUUUCACUACAAAUAAUACAGACGUUUCAAUAAAAAGAGGGUACUAUUAAUGUGUACUUAUAAAUUCAUAUUGUCAAUGUUUUUUAAUGUUGGGUCUUAAUAAUUAACUAAGGUCUUUUUAAACUGUAGAAACUACCGUAUCCUAAUAGGCUGGGAAACUUUUGACUUGAAAAUUAGCAUGUGCCAGCAUGACUCUAAAAGGCAAGAGGCCAUCGAACAUGUUAAGUAUGAUUUUUUAUUAUAUUUAUGUAGUUUAUUAUUUGAAUUUUUGUUGUAGAGAAAAAUUCAGUAUGUAAAAAAUUAUAAUAUACAAAUACAAAGACUUGGUGAAAGUAAGCCUGCAGUAUGGUUCAAGUUACCUACUUUUUCUUUAGUGUAGAGGUUACUUAAAAUAGUAUAGCAGUCACUUCUAAUCACAUGAAACUAUGAAUAAAACUAAUAUUUAUGUAUUUGGACAUAGAAAAAGUGUCUUCAUUUUUUUUUAGAUUGAAUAGAUGAGAGGCUAGUAGAAAAUGACUAGGACAGGAACAGGGUAAAAUAGACAAGUAGCAACUGCAUUAGUGCAAAUUUUGUAGGCAAGUGAAAAAUUUUCUAAGUCCAUACAGUUUUUUAAUUCAUCUUUAAAACUGAACUGUAUUGUCUACCAUUGCCUGUUCUGGGGACCAAUACAGAAUAAUUUAGUGCACCAUUCUUUUAAACACCAUUAGAGAUUAUCUGUGUGAAUUUUUUUACUCUGCACAAAAAUGUAAGGUGUUAAUCAUAGAGUGACAAAAGAAUCAUAAUGCUGACAAACUUGAUUUCUUCCUUAUUAAAUUCAUUAAAUGAACUGGGAGUUAGAAUCCUAUCACACUGAGUUCAAAUCUAGAAUUUACUCAUGUUGCCUGCUUUUAAUUAUUUUUUUAAACCAUGUGAUAAGAAAAUAAAGAACAACAGGGAUUACAAAUAAACUAACUGGCUUUACUCCUUAGUCCUAAAGAGAAUUAUAGCCUUUCAUAGGCCAGUAACUAUAUAAAUACAGAAAUUUGAAAUAGUUUGUUCAUGCAGUCUUCUCUCUGAGCUCUAAUUGAGUGUAUUCCUGUGUGACUUCAAACAACACCUUUCAAGUCCUGCAGGUUAGUAAAGAGAAACAAUUCUUAUCACAUAAUAGUGCAUUCCUAAAUGUUUUUUUAAUAAAUCUCAGUUAAACUUGUAUUUUCAGUUUAGUCCUAAAGAACAGAUGAAACUAUCUUGAGUUAUUUUGCUUGUGGUUUUAUAAAACAAAAAGUGUAGCAUAAAGACAUUUUAUAAUUUUCAAACAUCUGUCUAUACCUACAUGAUCAGAUUAAAGCAAUCUAUUCCUUUAAUCAACAUCUAGAACUUUAUAGAAUUUGAUAUUAUAAAGUUAAGUUUACAAAACAAUUCUCACAUCUACUAUUGUUCAAUGUAGGUAAUCUCCCCAAAAUAUCCUAUCCCCUUAAAAAUGAGUUGUCUAUAAAAUUACAAAUGCUAAGUAGUACAGCCAGAUGUUAUCAUUAAUUCUUGUACUUAAAAAUGUCCACCAAAAGUGUCUCAAAUAGGUUUUUCUGUAUGAAGGAAUAACCUAUCCCACUAAUGAUCUGUUCUCUACAUAUUCAAUAAUAAUACAACUUCAGAAGUGUCCAUGCUGCCCAGAGAUGUUGCUUGGAGUUUGCAUUAAACAUCACCAAGUCUGAUUCCUAGAGUAACACAGAAUUCAUUUCCUCUUGUAAAAAUAAGUAGUUCAGAGGAAAAAUCAGAAAAGAUAAUACAAACAUAUGUAGCACUUGAUGAUUUACAAAGUCCUUUCACAUCUGUAUUUUUUAUCUAAUCCUGUCCACAACCAUAUAAGAAUAACAAUAAUUAUAAAUUAUAUAUAUCAACCACAUAAUGAUAAUAAUUUAAUUAUCAUUAUUUUAAUUACAUUUUACAAAUGAGGAAAUAGACACACAGAGGCUAAGAAUUUGCCAAGGACUAGCUGGGACUAGCAACUGAGAUCUUAUGACUAAACUCCUAUAGGUCUCCAAAUCUUUCUAUAAGAAAAAGUAUUAAAAAUUAAAGAUUUUAACUCUUGCAAUUUGUUAUUAUUGUGCCAUUUCUUUUGUACACACAUGUAUGGAUUAUCUAAUAAUCAAAAAUACCCAAAUUUAUUUCAGUGAAGUGCAAUCUAAACUACAUGUGUAAAUAGCAUCAUAUUAUUAUUUCAUCUAUAUAGUGUUACAGUAGCAGCAUGCUUUGCCUUAGCCUUCACUAAUUAGAAAUAUUGUCACAAUUCCUUGUUAAUAAAAUAUAACCUUGGUUGUACUGUACUGUUUUAAUUAGGCCUGAUGCUAAAACUUGAUACUAUAGUUUUAUCAAAUGUUAGUCUAAAAUUCAAGGCUCACUCUACCUCCUUUAGCAACUGUUGGAGAUAAAACCAAUUAUAAGCAAGGCAAUUGGUUAUAAGCAAGGUAUAAGCAGUUACAGCAAAGUUAUUAGUUAAUUACUAAUAUAUAAAAAUGCUUAACUCUACUUUUACACAUAAGCCAGUAUGUUAAAAUUAUUUAAAAUAUUUUUUUUCGAUGAGAAAGUUGAUCCUUUGUGUAUUUCCUUAUUCAAGUAAACUGAAGAAUUUUAUCAGGUCACUUACCAGUAGAAUUAGUUCAUUUCACACAAAGUUAAAAUAUUAAAAUGUUUUAGUUUUAAUAUUAGAUAUAUUUAUGUAGAAAAACAUUUAUAUAUGUAGUAUUUUUAAAGAUCAUAGUUAUUUUUAAAGUUUCUGUUUUCAAAUAUUCAUUAUUAAUGAGAUUAUAGUGAUAAAAUAGCCAUGGCUUACACUUUUUUGUCUUCUCUGGUUUGUAUGGCGCCCAGAUUAUUCACAAGACAUUACUGCAUUAAUAACUAUUAUUUACAACUAACCUAUCAUACAUGCACACAUAGAUGUAUACACACAGACACAUACAAACAAAUGCAUUUGCCUUUUUAAAAAGUUGAUUUAUAAAUCAACUCUUAGGCUCCAGUGAGUUCAGUAUUUUAUUCAUGUUUUAUUAGAAAUACACAUGGUUUCAAGGCUUUUAAACAAAUACAUGGAAUGGUUGAAAGAUUUAUAUUGCUUGUGCUUAGCUAAAUAUGUCAUCUCUAGAAAAGAUGUGGUUUAUUUUGGCACUGUUUUAAAAAACUCAAAUAUUUUAAACAUUUGUUAAGUUAGAGCUUGCACAUUUGAACUAGUAGCAUACAUUCCAGAAAAGCAUCUCAAGUUACCAAACUUUUUGUAAUCCUUUUACUAGAAUAACUUUUUUGAAAAGGCUUUCUUUUCUUUUUUAUUAUGUACUUUAAGUUGAGUUAAAUUUAUGAAGGUUGAAGUUGCUAUUUUUUAAUGUAGGAUUUCAUAAAUGAAAUUUGACAAUGAAAAAUGUGUUUUUGGAAAUCAUUAAAAUGCUGUAUACUAAUGACAUUUCUUUGCAGAAAUCUUAAUAUACUUCCUUUUGGUUGUAUUGUUUUCUAAAUAUAAUUUUGGCACAUGCUAGUACUUUGAAAGCCACCAGUUUCUUGACCAGCUAAUUAUUAACAAAAAUGCAUUUUAAUGCACAAACUCAAAUAUCUACAAAAUAUAUAUUUACUUUUUAUUCACUUAUAAUCCCCUAUUGAAAAUCCUAUACAUUUCAAUCUAAUUCUUAUACAUUGAUCUUAAUCAAAUUUGUAAGUGUCCAAUCCUGAUGUACUGGAUGUACCUAUAAAAUAUAUUGCAUUUAGAAAACAGAUUAAGUUCACCAUCAAACUGUGUCUGACUUCCUUAACAAGCUUAAUAAAGAUACAAGUCAGUAUAUCAACAAAUUUAUUAAGUACCUUUGGAACCUUUCAAAACUAUUAAGAUAUAAAAUAAAAUUACAGUAAUAGAAUUUUAAAAGGAAACAUUAUCCUUGGUAAAUAUAUUUAGAAAGAAUCUAAGGCAGGAGACUUAAUUCUCAUAAUUAAAAAAUAAUGAACUGAUUCAUAUCUACUACAACACUUCUCUACUAAUUUAGGAAUUUGUAUGUGAAAUUUUGCUGUAGCCAGUAGCUGGAAUCUAAAGACACUGCUUCUCUUAUGUUUGGUUAUUCAGUCAAGAUAAGGUAAAUAUAAACAGACUAUGUAACAUUCUAUCACCUGUAGUGAACUUAGAACUUAAGGUACCUGGCUAUAAAAAAAGACCAGGGUGGAUGGGCAGUAGGAAUCUUUGGGGCAAAGAUUCUAUAAACUGGUAAUAUAUAAACUGUUGUAUUACUUUGUGCAAAAAUUUUGUCUCACCAUCUAUGGCCUUUGUGAUAUUGUCAUGCAUUUUACUUUUAUAUAUGUAUACCACAAUAGUAACAUUGGUAUUCUGCUUUAAACAAUCAAGUGUUUUUAAGGAGAUUUAAAAAAUAAGAACAGCAACCUAUUUAUCCACAUAUUUACCAUUUCCAAUGUACACCAUUUUCUUUGUGUGGAUCCAAGUUUCCACCUGUUACCAUUUUCCUUCUUCCUGAAAUAUUUAUCAUUUAUACUAAUGCAGGGUUGUGGGUAAUGAAUUCUUUCAACUUUUGUACCUCUAAAAAUGUCUCUCUUCUUUUUUUUUUUUCUUUGCUUAAUUUUGUGAAAAGAGUUUCGUGCUGGAUGUAGAAUUUUAGGCUUUUUCCUCCCAGUAUUUUCAAGGUGUUGCUCUAUCAUUUCUGGCUUGCUUUGUUCCUGCUGUCAUACUUAAUUUUUGC